AUGACGACGGCAGUUUUCAAACACAUUGACACGACCUCCUACACCGGCAAGCCGUGGGCGAAGGUGGACGGUCCGGGCAAAGCCUUCCAGCAAAACGACCACACGAGGUCCGUCAACAGCAUUCGAGGAAAGGAAGCAGAAUUCUCGACGGACAAGUCUGGCUUUGCGGUCGUCAACUCUCCUGCGAAAGAGAAGCUCUUCACCUCAGACGAGGUGGUGCGGGACGGCUAUUACAAAGAGGUCGAAGAGCUUAUCAAGAAGUCACACCAGGGCGUGAAGAAAGUCUACAUCUUCGACCACACCAUCCGACGAAGACAGAAGGAUUCGCCACGCCAGCCUGUACAGCAAGUCCACGUUGACCAGACCCCCGAAGCAGCCGCCGCGCGCGUCCGCCGACAUCUCCCCGACGAAGCAGAUGAGCUCUUGAAAGGACGGUACCAAAUCAUCAACGUCUGGCGCCCCAUCGAAAACCCAGCCACAGACUUCCCCCUAGCCGUCAUCGACUGGCGCUCGACAAGCCCCGACGACUUCAUCCCCGUCGACCUCAUGUACCCCAAACGCGCCGACUCCGUCAUGGACGACGACGACCGCGGCAAGGAGAAGCUGCCCGACGAGUCCUCCUACCAGUCUACAGAGGGCUAUGAAGUCAAGGGCGAAACGCUGGGGGUGGCGCCGAGCGAGCAGCAUAAGUUCUGGUAUAUGCCGGAUAUGACUCCCGAGGAGACGAUGCUGUUGAAGUGCUUUGAUUCGCGAGGGCAGGGUAUGCCCGGCGGACGGGAGGGGAUUGCGGUGAGGACGCCGCAUACUGCUUUCAUUGAUCCGAAUACGCCGAAGGAGGCGCCGGGGAGGCAGUCGAUUGAGUCUUGA